AUGGCUCCUGUGAGAAACACAGCAAAGCUGAAACAGACUCUUAACGAAUUAGAUAACACUGCCUCUCCAAACACAGGAGAAAAUCGUUACACAGGGUGUGACAUAAUGUCUGUUGUCACUGAAAAAAAUCUAUCAGAACUAAGACAGCUGGAACUUUGGAAUCUGCACAAUAAGAGAUUAAUACAACACAUAUCAGAGUCAGUGUUUGUGGGACUAUGUCGUAAAGUUGGAACCUCACAAUUGGUGGCCAUGAGGAGAGAAAUGAUGGACAUCAAGGAUAUGGUGGAAAAUCAAGUGUCAAGGGAUGACAAAAGUGUGAUUUUGAGUGGAAGUUUCAGAGAAGGAUUCAGACUGAAAGGAUCAGAUAUAGACUAUAUGGUUUGGCCAAAUAAUCACCGUGUGAUCUGGGAAUUAUCUCAGUCUCAAUGUUACAACACACACAGACAAACACUGAUCCUCUGUGACUGUUCUGAUAGUCCACCCGGAUUUACUUUGUUAUAUUUACUGUCACCAAGCAUGGACAGAGGUGUCCAGAGAGCUUGCGUUAUAAUGUAUAAUAGACAAUGUAUAUCUAGUUCUAAAUUCAUUCAGAUCGUGUGUUCUGCAUCAAGUAAGUCGACUCGGCAUGGACCUUGUGCAAGUGGAACAAUCAGUAAACUAGAAUAUGAUCAGGCCAUCUGUUUUGUUUGUGACUUUUGGCCUCCAUGUGCCUCCUCAUGGAUAGACAGAUGUCACUCUUGGCCCCCGCUACAUUUUGUUGAUGAUAUAGUAAACAAUGGAUGUCACUUUGUAGCGAUCGGACAUAAGCUAGGGUGUCAUGAAGACCUGGAAUGGAGAAUUUCUUUUUCUCUAGCAGAGCAAAAACUUGUGUAUGCAAUGAACCACUGUCAGUUCUUAUCAUACGGCCUACUAAAAUUGUUCUUAACAGAAAUAAUUAACAAUGGAGUAGGUGAUGAUGAUAAAUUACUGUGCUCCUAUCACAUGAAGACAGCAGUUUUCUGGGUGAUUCAACAAAACACAGUAUUGCGCUGGUGUCCACAAAAUCUCCUGGGGUGUUUCUGGGUCUGUUUUAAACUCAUCCUCAAAUGGGUGUAUGAGGGGGUCUGUCCUAACUUUUUCAUUCCAGAUAACAACAUGUUUCUGAGUAAAAUUCAUGGUGUCAAGCAACAUCAGCUAUUUACUAGAUUGCAUGGGUUGUAUGAGAAGGGUUUAGCAUUUCUGUUAUACAUUCCUACCAUCCGGUCUUGUAUUAUAAAUGUCCUACAUAACCCCAGACUCUCUAUCUGUACAGAUGAACAUACUCUGAUUUCUGAGGCUGAGUUUGAUAAAAACCUAUGUAUUGAAAUACAGGCACAUGAAGUACUACAAAAUUUAAACAUACACAGUUAUAUGAGAUCUCUACAAACAAUAGAACAGAUGAUAGGUUCACCCCUCCUGACACAGAAUCAAAACUUAAUGCUUCAGAGUCUUACAGCUUUUGUCCUUCGGAGCACUGCUUUUAUAUUACACAUGGAAACUUGCACACAUAAAAACAAACUGAGGUAUUUAGCUGACAAAAUCUCCCGUCACAUGCUGAAAUUAGCAGCCAAGUUUGGUUGCUUUACUGACAUGUUGUACAUAGCCAUGUAUUAUUACAAGACACUUAGAUACAUUGAAGCUUUAUCUAUUAUAGAGAUGAUCGAGGUCAAGUUAGCACAGCCAUAUGUGAUUUAUAGGUAUAUUGUAGAUACAGAGAUGUAUACUGAGGCUGUAGGGGGACAGUCCUGGUCUACAAAGAUGAGACAGGCUGUAGCGAUGGAUAUCAGACUACAAAAUGAAAUCCUUUAUAUCAGUGAAUUGAUACCAGAACAAAAGUUUUCUCUAGAGAAUGGAUACAGUAUGUUAUAUAUCCCAUCCUAUAUACUGUUGUACAUGCUAGAGAUUUUGUGCUACAUACAUGUAGACACGAUGAGAGUAAAAACAGCUCUAGAUGAUCUACAGACCCUAGUUCAUUAUGAUCAGGGACAGCUUAUACCUUUAAUAGACAGAGGCAUAUCAUGGCAGAUUCUGGGGAUCUGUCAACAGGUGACAGGAAACCUCCAGGCUGCUCUAUACUCAUACCAACAAUCUCUCAGGCAAGUACCAUACAACCAUAUACAAACAGCGACACAUAUGAGAAUGGAGCAGGGAGGGUUCCCUCUAUAAGAUCACUUUAUUAGUAAAAUGCAUGACAUACAUCUAUGAAAAAUUACCUGAUAGGGUUAAUGUCCAUCUAUUUCUCUUUUUAUUGUUUCUGAUUUAUUCUUUAAUUUAAAAACCGAGGUCCAUGGGUAUUAAUCAAUCAAUGAGUUUCCUUGGCUCUGCUGCUCUUCAGCAGAUUUGUGGAAACAAUUAUGACAUCUUUAUUCCAAUGAAAAUGGUUGGUCUUAUAUUGUUUUGAUAACAAAUUCUGCUGUCCAAAACAUGGAUAUUUUGUAACAUUAUUGUUUAAUGU